UGCACUAAAAUGUAUACAUUGGCAUCCUCCUCUAAAGAGCGAGAGAGAGAGGGGCGGAGCUAAAUCCAAGAGAGUGAGAGAGAAGGAAAAAAAAAGGGAAAUGGAGAAAGCCAUCAGCAGGCAAAGAGUCCUCCUCCAGCAUUUCCAUCCCUCCUCCGCCUCCGACGAUCAUCCGACGCUCUCUACUUCGAUUUGUGCUGCUGGGGACAGCGCGGCGUACCAGAGGAGUUCUUGCUUUGGAGACGAUGUUGUUAUCGUUGCUGCUUGUCGGACUGCAAUUUGUAAGUCCAAACGAGGAGGCUUUAAGGAUACACAUCCUGAGGACCUGUUAGCACCUGUUCUUAAGGAAUUGUUGGAUAAGACCAAACUUAACCCAAGUGAAGUUGGUGAUAUUGUUGUUGGUACUGUAUUGGCAUCUGGGUCCCAGAGAGCAAUUGAAUGCAGGAUGGCAGCAUUUUAUGCUGGUUUCCCUGAAACUGUUUCUCUCAAAACCGUGAACCGACAAUGUUCGUCUGGACUUCAGGCUGUUGCUGAUAUUGCUGCUGCUAUUAAAGCUGGGCUUUAUGAUAUUGGUAUUGCAGCUGGGAUGGAAUCUAUGACUGUAAAUUCUGUUCGCUUGAAAGGGCCAGUUAAUCCCAGAGCAGAGAUGUUUGCACAAGCCCGAGACUGCCUUCUUCCCAUGGGCAUGACUUCUGAGAUUGUUGCACAACGUUAUGGCAUAACACGACGGGAGCAAGAUCAGGCUGCUGUCGAAUCUCAUAGUCGGGCAGCUGCAGCAGCUGCUGCUGGCAAAUUUAAGGAAGAAAUCAUUCCAGUAACUACAAAGAUGGAGUGCAUGCAAUUUUCAUAUUUGGGAAGGGCGUGUAUGCAAAAUUCAUAUUUUGGACAGAUUGUAGACCCAAAAACUGGAGAGGAAAAGCGAGUCACAAUUUCUGUGGAUGAUGGAAUCCGGCCAGGCACAUCAGUGUCCGUUCUUGCAAAGCUCAAACCGGCAUUUAAGAAGGAUGGAACAACAACUGCUGGCAAUGCUAGUCAAGUGAGUGAUGGUGCUGGAGCAGUGCUUCUCAUGAGAAGAGAUGUUGCAAUGCAAAAGGGGCUUCCCAUACUUGGAGUAUUCAGGAGUUUUGGUGCGGUUGGAGUGGAUCCUGCUGUAAUGGGCAUAGGUCCUGCUGUUGCAAUACCUGCUGCAGUGAAAGCUGCUGGUCUUCAGAUUGAUGAUAUUGACCUUUUUGAAAUUAAUGAGGCAUUUGCCUCCCAAUUUGUAUAUUGCUGCAAAAAGCUGGAGCUAGACCCUUCAAAAGUAAAUGUUAAUGGUGGUGCUAUUGCUCUUGGGCAUCCAUUGGGUGCUACAGGUGCCCGCUGUGUAAUCACUCUUCUAAACGAGAUGAAGCGCAGAGGCAAGAAGUGCCGGUUUGGAGUGAUUUCUAUGUGCAUAGGUUCCGGGAUGGGAGCUGCAGCUGUUUUUGAGCGAGGAGAUGUGGUAGAUCAGCUCAGUAAUGCCAGGAGGAUCCAGUCUACCAGCCUGUUAUCCAAGGAUGCCAUGUAGCCUUCCACCUUGACAAGUUUUAUGACUGUCUUGAUGAAUAUUGCCCGUACACAGCAAGAUUUGAAGAGCGAUGGAUCUCCCAAUCAACUGUAGUGGUCCUCUGGGAAAAAAAAAAAAAGCAUCAUGGUGAGUUAGGUGAUGCCCAGCCUUGAAUUGGUUGAUGAACCUCUAUAGACCAUCCCAUUGUUUGGACAAUGAUGGAUGUAUUAUUGAUUGAAGGAUCUGCUGUUUUCCCUGCUUAUUGGUGACUUUCAGGAUUUGUGACAUAAUAUUGAGCAUUAUUUACUUGUGAUGCUCUAUCUCAGUUUGUUUUUCACUCUUUGGUGAAGAAAUUUCUGACCAAUCUUUGUUAACACAGAAGAAAGGUGAUUGCAUGCU